GCCGGUGGAGGACGCUCACUGUUGAGAAGAGACAACUUAUACAGCUAAACAUCCACCUGAGUGUCCUGUGCCCCCGAAAUACGUGCUAAACGUUUUUGUGAGUUAGCUAGUGGGUUAGCAACAGGUUAGCUAACAGUUAGAUUCGAACUACAGAAGCCAAUGUAGGACUUCCGGUAACAUGUUUCAAAACAAAGUCUUUUUUAACGAUUGUCGCUGAGCUAAUAUAUGGAGUUACACAUACACGACAGUAUGACAUACUAGAAGAUGGAUCUUUAGUACAAAUACAUAGUUGUUGUUGUUGUUGUUGUUGUUGUUGUUGUUGUACUCACUUUUCUAUUCAUUUUCUCACGUCCCGUUUGAGCCGCUCUCAUUACUGCGCAUGCGUGAAUGAGUGCUGGAUUCUGGUCAACUGUUUUCCCUUCAAAAUAAAAGCCCUGGCAAGAGAAAUUGUGAAUAAAUCAGGAGACAGCAUAUUUCAGAAUACACGCAUUUCGAUUUGAUCAUUUAGUUUUUAUUUUACAGCUAUACCGUAUUUUUGUAAUACAUUGUAUCUAUACGGUAGUGGAUAUCAAGCACAAGCACAUCUAACUUGCUUAGAUAAACUUUCAUUCAUGGAUUUCUGACACCUGAGCACUUUACAACGUAUUUCUUGUGGCUGCUUCAUGGUUAUUUUCUGAGGCUACAAUACAACAGUGUCAUACAAGUUUAGUUUAAACAACAAAAGUAGUUGUAAAUUUGACAAAGUCAGGAGUCUUCUGGCUUAAACAAAAUAUUGGAGGACUUAAUUUUUCCUGGCUGAUCUGCUAAAUUCUGUCUAAAAUUGUCAUAUUGAGGCAGCAGCACAAAGCAAAAAGAGGAGCGAGCCUGCAGCAGGAUCAAACUUCCCUGCUAGCAGCAGCAGCAGUCGCAGCAGAGUGUGUGAGUGUGCAUGUGUGUGUGUGCAGUUAGAUUCUUGUGCAAAUGCGCAGCGAGAAAGACCUCCCCGGUCUGCAUUGGUUCAUUGUUUUGGAGUCUAACCUGUGGGUCGGUGCAACGCGGUGAAAAGCAUGAAAACUGGGAUCCAGCAGCUCCCACGACGUGUGAGAGGAAGGUGCACAUCAUCGAGCUGAACCCUCAGGGCGAGCCCAGGCCGUCGAUUGGGAACCAUGUGCAGCACCCUGAGCCCCAAACAUCCCGGUGGCCCCGGCCUCACAGACAUGCAGCAGUACCAGCAGUGGCUCGCCAGUCGACAUGAAGCCAGCCUGCUGCCCAUGAAGGAAGACCUGGCCCUGUGGCUCACUAAUAUUCUUGGUCUGGAAAUCACUGCUGAGAGUUUCAUGGUUCGCUUAGACAAUGGCUUCCUGUUGUGCCAGCUGGCUGAGACACUCCAGGAGAAGUUCAGGCAAAAUAAUGAAGACCUGCCUGCGUCUCACGACAAAAAGCAGAGUAUUCCUUCUCGGAGGAUACCAUGUCGGCAGAGCGCUCCCUCCGGUUCCUUCUUUGCACGGGACAACACAGCCAACUUCCUGUCCUGGUGUCGCAAGGUUGGAGUUGGAGAAACAUGUCUGUUUGAAUCGGAGGAUUUAGUUCUUCAUAAGCAGCCCCGAGAAGUGUGUCUCUGUCUGCUAGAGUUGGGACGGAUAGCAUCCCGGUACAACGUGGAGCCUCCUGGCCUCAUAAAACUGGAGAAAGAGAUUGAACAGGAAGAAAAAGCUCCUCCACCACCUCCAUCACCUGUAUCCCCAGCACCGCCCCUUCUUCCAUCUCCCUCUUUAUCUCCCUCCCCGUCUCCUACCCCAUCUCCGACUCCAACUAAAGUCAGCUCCAGCAAGAAAAGCACAGGGAAGCAGUUGGAUGAUGCUGUGAGGCAUAUUGCCGAAGAUCCCCCCUGCAGAUGUCCGAACAAAUUCUGUGUAGAGAGACAUUCCCAGGGUCGAUACCGUGUUGGAGAGAAGAUGCUUUUCAUCCGGAUGCUGCACAACAAGCAUGUGAUGGUGCGUGUUGGUGGAGGCUGGGAGACUUUUGAGAGCUACUUGCUGAAACACGAUCCGUGCCGCAUGCUCCAAAUCUCCCGGGUGGAGGGCAAGGCGUCCCCCAUCUGCACCAAGUCCCCCAACAUCAAGGACCUCACCCCUGACAGUUACCUGGUGGUGGCUGCCCACUACCGCAGCAAGAAGUGAAGACAUGAGACUGAAACUCUUCAUUCAUAAAAGGAGGGCGACUUCCUGCCAUGUUUACUCUCUAAUGGACGUGGCUAUAUAACCUUUCCCUGUUCUUUUACUUAUUAUGGCUACAGACACAACUGGUGUGUGUGAUAGUAGACAGCAGUUAGACUCUUUCCCUGGGCUUAAUGUUUUGUUUACCCCAUUUAAUUUGCCUUUUGGCUUCAUUGUAGUUCCUAUUGCCUUAACAGUACAUUAAAUACACAGGUGGCUUCAGUGGUCACCUCACACACGUUUCAAAUUAAACUUUGACAUUUGACGAUAAGUGGAAGCUUCACUGUCCAAAGAAAUGUACGAUACCAAAUAUUUACAUGUCCCCUAGAAACCAAACGUUGGUCAUAAAAUGUUACGGCCCUUUUUCUUUGUGAUGUGUUUUUUUAUUAGGCUUAAGCAGAGCUUAGAAUGUUUACAUGUCCAAAUGUUUUCAAUGAAAUGCAUUUUUAUACCAUUUCCAUUUGUUCUUUACUCAUUAGGAUUGCUCCCGUUUUAUAUCAUUUCUAUUGUAAGUGCAUGAGCAAUCACCCGUUCAAGUUCCAGCAUGUAGCAAAACAGAUCCUCAUUGAAUUAUUAUUGAUAAUUAUAUGGUAGUCUUACUUUGAGGUUUUGCAAUUCUUUAAUAUGUUGUGUAUUACUGACCUCUAGAGGUAGUUCAGUCAUAGAAACUUGAUCAUCUCAACUCGGUUUUUUUACAAUAAAUAGUAACACCUUAUCAUUCAAGUAUUUUCUUGCAACAUUUUACCUGGAAAAUGAAUAUAUUUUUGGCACAAGAUUACUUAAUAUGCAAACAACGUUGUAUGUAAAGUAAAUGGGUCCAAUUUCUGUUUUAGAUGUACAUUUUCAAUAAAUUUGAAUCUUCAUAAUUGGAAA